AACAGCUCCUUGCUUCUCGUGCUAAAAGGAGCAAAGAUUGACAUGGUUGUAGCUGUUUCCAGCCAAUUUGCCACCGGGCGUUCCACGACACUGCUUGAAGAUCCAAAUACACCUAGUAAGACAUCAUGAUGCAGUGCGAUCCAUCGUCCGCUUUCUUUGGGUUCAUGGGAGUCACCUCUGCCCUGGUCUUCGCAAACCUGGGUGCAGCAUAUGGAACAGCAAAAUCAGGUGUUGGGAUCGCAUCCAUGGGUGUCAUGCGACCUGACAUGAUCAUGAAGUCGAUCAUUCCAGUUGUUAUGGCGGGAGUCUUGGGUAUCUAUGGCCUCAUCACUGCAGUGAUCAUCAACGGCAAGAUGGAUGCUGCAAAUUAUUCUGCUUACUCGGGCUAUGCCCACUUAGGGGCAGGGCUCACUGUUGGCAUGAGCUCUUUAGCUGCAGGACUCGCAAUUGGCAUCGUAGGCGAUGCCGGCGUGCGAGCAAAUGCCCAGCAGCCACGACUCUUCGUGGGGAUGAUCCUCAUCUUGAUCUUCGCAGAGGCCCUUGGCUUGUACGGCUUGAUUGUUGGCUUAGUGGUGGCCUCCACUGCGGAGGGCAAAGGAAAGGGCCUUUGCUCACCGUACGCCUGAAGAUUGAAAUGGAUGCCCUGUCGUUUUGGAAGUGGACGUGGAGGGAUUUUGUCAGCCCAAUUCAGCCCUCUGAUCUGUGCAAGUGGCCACAGAAUCGGACGUUCCAAUGGGAGGGAUGUGGGUCUGCCGGACCCAAAAGGUCCACUAAGCGAGUGAGGGAGGCGCUCGG